AUGCUUUUUAACUCGUCGGCUGACUGAUGCCUUAGAAAAAAAUCUAUCAAUCUUAGGGUGGAGGUUUUUUUUCUCCACAAAGCAACUAUUUGCCCGGGACACGUGCGUGAACCUCCUCAAUUUGGCGCACUAAUCCUAAAAGGAGCCAUGAAGUGUUAAAUGGUAGAAACAUAGACAGCGGCGCCCAGACACCCGCACGCUGGGAGAGAGGGAGGAAACAGCGCUGCUCCAAUGCGUCUGUGCAACACAGACUGAAGAAAAAAAAACUUAUCGACUCACAAAACCAAAACCUGCGCUGCGCAAUUAGUGCGUGAAAAUCCACUUUUUCUCCGGUUUUGAAGAAAAUAAAUAAAGAAAUCAAGCUGGCUCAGUGCGUGUCUCAGCAGCCCACUUUGACAGGUGCUCCUCACCCCCUUUGGAGGACUGUCAACAGCAAGAGGAUGGCAUCAGAGCUGGCAAUGAGCAACUCCGACCUGCCCACCAGUCCCCUGGCCAUGGAAUAUGUUAAUGACUUCGAUCUGAUGAAGUUUGAAGUGAAAAAGGAGCCGGUGGAGCCCGAUCGCAGCAUCAGCCAGUGCAGCCGCCUGGUCGCCGGGGGAUCCCUAUCUUCCACCCCGAUGAGCACGCCUUGCAGUUCGGUUCCCCCCUCGCCAAGCUUCUCGGCGCCCAGUCCGGGAUCAGGGAGCGAGCAAAAGGCACAUUUGGAGGAUUUCUACUGGAUGACCGGGUACCAACAGCAGUUGAACCCCGAGGCUCUGGGCUUUAGCCCGGAGGACGCCGUAGAGGCGCUGAUCAGCAGCAAUCACCAGCUCCAGACCUUCGAUGGCUAUGGCAGGGGGCAGCAGUUCGGCGGCGCAGCCGGGGCAGGAGGCGCCAUGGCCGGGGAGGAGAUGGGAUCAGCGGCCGCCGUGGUAUCCGCGGUCAUCGCUGCAGCCGCAGCUCAGAACGGGAAUCCCCACCACCACCACCACCAUCACCACCACCACCACUCAGGGGCACACUCCGGGUCUCAAUCCGGAAGCGGCGUGGGGGGAAGCCACCAGCACCUGCGCUUGGAUGACCGGUUCUCGGACGAGCAGCUGGUGACAAUGUCGGUGCGGGAAUUGAACCGGCAGCUCCGGGGGGUCAGCAAAGAAGAGGUGAUCCGUCUGAAACAGAAGAGGAGGACGCUAAAGAACAGAGGCUAUGCCCAGUCCUGCCGGUACAAGCGGGUCCAGCAGCGGCACGUCUUGGAGGGAGAGAAGACGCAGCUCAUUCAGCAGGUGGACCACCUCAAGCAGGAGAUCUCCCGGCUGGCCAGGGAGAGGGACGCCUACAAGGAGAAAUACGAGAAGCUGAUCAGCACCGGCUUCAGAGAAAACGGAGGAUCCAGCGACAACAACCCAUCAUCCCCGGAGUUUUUCAUGACGUCAAGAAAAUUCCUCCAUCUGUGAUCGAGAGCUCUGACUUCUCCGUCCCACCACCCUGGAGUCUGAGAUAUCAUGACACUGGAAUGCUGAUGUUUCAAGAGCAACCUACGGCACCCAGACUGCCAUAAAGCACAAUGUCUCAAAAGCGUCUACACAGCGGCGUCAGGGCAACCAAUCCACAGCCAACCCAAAGCCAGAGUUCAAUAUUAAAACAAUGAUGAUUAAAUAACAACAGGAGACUGAAAUCACAUUCUUCUACUCCAACAACAAGGGAAGAAACACAGAAAUUAAAGGACUCUAGAAAUAAGAUUCACCACCAUCUGUAUUUGUCAUUCAAAUGGACACGGAUCUUCCCACGAAUACCUCCAAAUUGUACUUUAGACUUACCAGAGUAUAGAUUAUUAAUACGUAGCUUGAGUCAAAUAGCAAGCAGAAAAAAAUAUGACGUUCACACCCCUUUAGCACAUGCCCAGAAAUCAGGAUAUUGUAAAUACUGUACAGAAAACAAAUAGGGACAUUGAUAAUAAACUAAAUUAUUGCAGAAUAAUGUAUAUAGCAAUGAGAAUCAUACCUAGUGUGUGUUUAUAUAUCCAUGAGUGUCACAUGCCCAUUACUCCUUAUUUCUUCUAUGCCCAAAAAGAUUUAGCACAAAGAUGAACCAACGCUCUCUGUAUCUCCAUAGAAAACAUCUACGUAGAACUCGACAAGGGACACUGAAUUUAAUUGGGAUGACAUCAUAUUUGCCAUGUAGUGCACUAUUGCUGGAAACAGAUGCAUAUGCCAUUGAGUAUAUGCUUAUUAGGUAACCCUGUACUGUUCGCAAGACAGGUCAUUUGCUCAUUUAAAUAGAGAAGACUUGAGAGAGUUAUGAAAAGCUACAGAAACAAACAGAGAAAGAAAGAACAAACUUUAAGAGAUCCCUGAAUUCGUCCCUGAUUUCGUCCCAAAUCUUCUUCGUCCCCCACCUCCCAUUGUAAACAACCACAGCAGAGCUGAACACAACCUAAACUUUAAUUUAUUCAGUAGAGUGUAUAUGAAAACCCCCCCUGUGCUGUAUGUGUGGUGUGUUUUAGCCCCCGUAGUGACGUUACAGAUCCAGAAGGACUUGGCAGCUCCCUUGUAUUAUGCAGUCAGAGUACAGUUACCUUUUAUUCAGUUCAUACCAAACUGGAAAUCACCGUGACCCACCAUCUUUGAGUCCUUUGUUUGGCUAGUCCACCUCCUCCCCGCCUUGUUUCCAUCAGAGGGCCUGUAUGCCCGCUGACCUCUCUGCCACCAGGCGCUCGCUGAGCUCCCACAGGCUGGCGGCGCUGCUCUGGUCCUGGGCCUGGGUGGACGGCAGGCAGCGGAAGCAGUUGUUGAAGUACAUGCCGCCUAACCCCUCCAGCUCCGGAGCUACGGCACAGUACACCGUGGUGGCCGCCCCUUGUUGCUGUGGACGGAGAACACACAGAAAGAGAUACGAGUUCAGCGGGUGACUCGUGAGACAACGAGACGGCAUCGGCCUGCAGGAGGAGACAAAAUCUAAAGAGCCCGAUUACUGACUCGGACAUUAGGACGAGUCCUGUCCAGACUUAAAGAGAGUGCAAACAGCGGACACCGACCAAACCGCUCUGUCCUCUUUGAGACGCAUACGUCUAUACACACGCAGAAAAAGAGACAGCAGGACCGAGUGUCAACAGGAAAAAAAAAAAAAAAAAACACACGCGGCCGCUCCCCUCUCCCUGCAGCCCAUGAUGACUGGGUCAUAUUACCAUGGGAACAGCAUAGCCCCUUACUGUACAUAUAUUUAUAUACAUAUAUUUAUUUAUUUAUUUCUCUACCCGGUGUGUACAGAACCUCUGGCGAUAUGGGACCAUGAGAAUGCUACAGAUGGAAAGACUCACAGUGGAGAACAUGAAAAUUACACCAGCUCCUGUCUGGAUUGGAAUCACCAGGGAAA